AGGCUACUAAAUGGGCGCAUGUUUUUAUUAAGGGGCGAGGCAGAAACCCACGUGUCACAGAUAGAGGAAAUGACUCUUACGUGAACCGUCUCCUUUGCGAACGGUGGGUGGUUGUAACACACCGACUUGGUAAAGAUCAGAUGUGAUAGUAUUUCUCAACGUUGAACAACCUCACAGCUACAAUGGACACCCGUCAGCUAGAACUGACAGAGGCGCAGAAAGCUAUCAAGUCAAAAUACCCACCAGUCAUCAAGAAAUAUGAAUACUUGGAUCAUACAGCGGAUGUACAAAUUCACUCCUGGGGUGACUCUCUGGAGGAAGCCUUCGAGCAGUGUGCCAUGGGCAUGUUCGGCUACAUGACGGACACAGAGACAGUGGAACCGGUUGAUACUGUUGAUGUGGAAUCAGAGGGUGAAGACAUGGAGUCCCUUCUUUUCCACUUCCUAGAUGACUGGUUGUUCAAGUUUAGCGCAGACCUCUUUUUUGUUCCCAGGGAGAUCAAAGUUUUGCACGUUGACAGAAUGCGCUUCAGGAUCCGCUCCAUUGGUUGGGGUGAAGAAUUCUCUCUGGCAAAGCAUCCACAGGGAACUGAGGUUAAAGCCAUCACAUACUCAGCAAUGCAGAUCCACGACAAAGAAAAACCAGAGAUAUUUACCAUUAUUGAUAUCUGACGAUACCACCAGAAGCGGACUGCACUCCUUGUUCAAUGGAACUGGAAUAUCUACAUGGCCAAUUUAAAUGGCCCUUUCUCUAAGGCACUGGGUAUCGAUUGAUGUGACUGAUUUGGUUUUCUACUUGUAGGGUGAACUAUUUACUAAUGGAACCAUUUCUUGUGAUUGUGGAUGCACACAUUACAGUGGAAAAACUGUUUGACAGAUUAUAGAUUUGUUAUGACAUUGGUAGUUAAUGAGCUGCAUUAUUUCAGAAAUCACAAAAACCUCAAUAAAAGUGAGACUUUCGAGAAUGGUAAGAAUAUGUAGGGAAAUAUGCUUCAUGGAUGUGAUAGAACUGUUAAAUCAUUGAAAAGUAAAACUGAUUUAGAAUGAUGUAUAAUGGUUUUUAACACAUUUGUCAAUCCAGUUUUACUUUAAUUGCUAUUGCAAAUUUUUAUUAUUUAUCACCAGAAAUGUUGAUGUUUUUUAUUAAUCAUUGUAUCAAUCAACACAUGUUUAUUUUUCUGCUUUGGGAUUGAUUAAAUGAUUACUGGUGCUCUAAGUAAAAUCUUACUUUUGAAAGUUUUGUGGAUGUUUAGUCAUUGGAGAGGACAGAGCAGUAAAUGGGAGCUCCAAAUUUAGAAUUACACAGCAAACAACAACAAAAAAUAAAUGUAUGCAUUAUUGUUAAUAAUACUGAUUGUUCAACGCACAGACAUCCAGUUAAGUCAUCUAAUACUUAUUUGUUGAUUUCUACUUGAGCGUACUUUACUAAUGCUCUGUUUAGGUCUGUUCAAAGGAUUGAAAUGUGAGAAUAUAUAAUCUUAAAGGAAGGCUUCCAAUGAAUCAACAUCAAAGACUGUAUGGAAGAAUGACAGGGCGUUUUCUGUGUAAAAUGUUGGCUUGAUGCCAACAGUGUUUUUACUAGUUAAACAAUAGCUUUAUUGAUGAGGUGAUUGAUAGAAAAUUAAAAGAUAACAAUUUGUCAAUUUGUUUGUUUCCCAAAACAAACAUUUGCUGGUUACACCCUCUCAAAUGUGUGAUUUGCUUGCUUUUCUAUAUUUCAUAAUUAAAAAAUCAUCCCAUUGUUUCAACUGA